CGCCUCGACCACACCCCGUCCACUUCCACGAGAAAUACUGCUCUUCCAAAGCUAGAUCAAACCGCUUCAUCUUUCGUUUCCAACUUGAACUCAUAAAAAAUCAUGUCCGACGACUACGACCCCACAAACAUUAACGCUGCCUCGUGGGAGGAGCAAGAGGACUAUGGCGAGGCUGAUGGCAGCGAACAAUACGGGGAGGCUGAGGGCAGCGAGCAACAAGAUAUUCAGCAUAGCUCGGAACAUCAAGAAGCAGAAUACUCCGUUGAAUCAAACCCUAAUGACCUAGGUGAUCACCCAUCGCAAGAUGGAAACACCGAUGAUGUGGGUGACGACUACGAUCCUGCCUCUGUCGUCACGUCUUCUGUUCCCGCUCCUUCUGCCCCUGCUCCUCAAGAAGAUUCCAAGACCGCUCCCCAGCCUGCCGCCCCUGUGGCCAAGAAACCUCGGACCGCUGGAGGCUUCUUAGUGGGAGACUCUGACGACGAGGAUGAAGAUGGUGAUGAUGAUGGUGAACCACAACAGCAGCAGCAACAGCAACAACAACCACACCAAGUUGCGCAUAAAGAGACGGGCUCUGGUGCUUCAUCAAGUGGUGGUUCUGCUCCAGCUCCGGCUCCCGCCUCUGCUACUGCUGCCCCUCAGUCGCAUUCUCCUGCUCUCCAGACUGCCACAUUGACCGUCCAAGACAAUGCUGGUGCUACUACUUUUAAUGCACCGCCAGUGCCCCAACAGGUGUCUCACCAAUCCGGCGCAACUACCGCAGCUGUUCCGACCACACCGAGUUCCGCUGCCCCUGCCGUCGACCCUACCCCCGUGACCCAGCCGGCUCCUGAUAGAGUAGCCAUUUACGAAGACCAGAUCCGCGAUGAUCCCCGAGGCGCAAUGAAUGCUUGGUUGGAGUUGAUGAAGGAAAAGAGAGCCAGGAAUGACAUUGAUGGUGCAAGACAGGUCUAUGAAAGAUUCCUUGCCAUCUUUCCCCAAGCCGCCGAUAUUUGGGUCGAGUAUCUUGAUCUCGAGCUCAGCCUCAAUAACUUUCCCCAAGCCGAGGGCAUCUUCGCCAAAUGUCUUAUGACCACUCCCAACGUCAAUCUCUGGACCCGGUAUCUGGACUACAUUCGCCGUCGUAAUGACCUGAACGAUAGCACCGGCCAGGCUCGCCAAACCGUUUCCCAAGCCUACGAGUUCGUGAUUGACAACAUUGGUCUGGACAAGGAUUCUGGCAAGAUCUGGGCAGAAUACAUUCAGUUUAUCAAGUUUGGCCCCGGCACGGUCGGAGGAAGUCAAUGGCAGGAUCAGCAAAAGAUGGACCAGCUCAGGAAAGCCUACCAGCGGGCCAUCUGCGUGCCUAUCUCCAAUGUCAACACUCUCUGGAAGGAGUACGACCAGUUCGAGAUGGGCCUCAACAAGUUGACGGGCAGGAAAUAUCUCAGCGAAAAGUCACCAUCCUACAUGUCAGCCAAGAGCGCCAACACUGCGCUGGAGCACAUCACCAGGGGCUUGAACCGGACCAACCUCCCUCGUCUUCCGCCUGCCCCUGGUUUCGAUGGUGAUCAGGAGUUCAUGGAGCAAGUCGAGAUUUGGAAAAAGUGGAUUGCUUGGGAAAAGUCCGAUCCCUUGGAUCUCAAGGAUGACAAGGACCAGCCGGGUCUGUACCAAAAGCGCAUCCUUUACGUCUAUAACCAGGCCUUGAUGGCCCUGCGUUUCUGGCCCGAGAUGUGGGUUGACGCCGCUCAGUGGUGUUUCGACAACAACAUUACCACCGUGGAGAACAAGGUCACCAAGGACGGCAACGCUAACGGGGUCGAGUUUCUUAUCCGGGGCAUCGAAGCCAACCCCGAAAGUGUGCUUCUCGCCUUCAAGCACGCGGAUCACAUCGAGUCGACCUACCCCAUUGAGGAGAACGACGAGGCCAAGAUUCAGCGUGGCGAGGCAGUCAAGGCACCCUACAACAAGGUGUUGGAUACACUUUACGCCAUGAUCAAGAGCCUGAAGGAAAAGGAGGCCGCACAGAUCGCCAAGCUUCAGGAGAUGACUGCUGCGCAAGAAUCCAAGGCAGGCUCGGACAACGAGGAUGGCGAUGGAGCGGCAGAUAACAUCAAGAAGGCGCCUAUUGAGGCUAUCCAGAAGGGUUAUGCCGCGCAGACCCAGCUGCUUUCCCGGAUGAUUUCGUUCGUGUGGAUCGCCUUGAUCCGCGCCAUGCGUCGUGUUCAGGGCAAGGGAGGCUUGAAUGUUCCGCUUGGUGGCAUGCGCAAGGCAUUCCACGAUGCUCGCGCUCGCGGCCGUCUUACCAGUGAUGUCUAUGCGGCUGUUGCUCAGCUAGAAUGGACUAUUUACAAGGAUCCCGCCGGUGGUAAGAUCUUUGACCGCGGUGCCAAACUCUUCCCAGAGGACGAGAACUUUACUCUCGAGAACAUCAAGUACCUUCACUCGCGGGAUGACCACACCAACGCCCGCGUCCUCUUCGAAACCGUCGUCAACAGACUUACCCAAAAACCCGAACUCGUCCACAAGGCCAAGCCCCUUUACCAGUACUUCCACAAAUACGAGUCCCAAUUUGGCGAGCUCGCCCAAGUCACCAAGCUGGAGAAGCGCAUGGCCGAGCUCUUCCCUGAAGACCCUAAACUUGCUGCCUUCACGGCCCGUUAUGCCUCGGACAAAUUCGACCCUAUCACCGCUCGCAUAAUUGUCAGCCCGACAACCCAGCUUCGGCCCAAGAACAUGAUUAUGCCCUCGAUCGAACAACAGCAACCCCAACUUCCCAUGUCUCGGCGCGACACCCCCGCCGCGGGCUUCAGCCCCCGUCCCCAGGGCCUCAAGUCUCCCAGCGCCGGUCCCGGUGCUCCCUUCGCCCCCUACGCCGCCAAGCGGCCCCUCGAUGACCGCGACUACGAUGACCACCCCCGCAAGAUUGCGCGCUCCGAACAUGACCCCUUCGUUAGAGGCGCCUCUCCCCUCAAAGGCGCAGCCGGCCGCAGACUGGACCAACAACGGCGCAUGGGCGGAACAGCCGGCGCGUAUAGCGGCUCCGGGGCCGGUUCCCAGGUUGCUCCCAUUGCCAGGGACAUCACCUUCCUACUUAGCCAGAUCCCCCGCGUGGAAUUCUAUGAUAGCCACAGACUGAACCCGUCGCGGAUGGUUUCGUUGUUACAGAACGUCAAGGUGCCGGAGUAUCUGGACUGGAAGAGGGAGCGGGAAAGGAUGCAGCAGAUGCAAGGAGAUGGAUAUGGCGGUUACGGUGGUGGUGGUGGUGGUGGUGGUGGUGGUGGCUACCAGGGUGGUGGUCAUGCUAGGAACAUAUCCCAGGAUUACGCCUACCGCGAAUCACCUGGUCCGCUUGGAGGAAGACCGUUGAGCCCGUUCACGGGUGGUCCGGGAAGUAGACUGGCUAGCGCGACGGCUGCGUAUCGCCAGGCUCCUGUGGGCAGGCCGGAGUCCAGCGGGUCUUAUGAACCGCCUCCGGCUGCGCAGUACGGUGUUCCGCCCCCAGCUCAGUAUGAUGGCGGAUGGGCCCAGCAGCAGCAGCAGCAGCAGUAUGGACAGCCACCGGCGCCGCAGGGAUAUAGGUAUGGAAACCCCCCUCCUCCUUAUUAAAACAAGAAAAAUGAGGGAGAUGGAGACGGAGUACGCGGUUGGAGGAAAGGGACAGGAAAGCGAAAGAAGAGCGUACAGGAAUA